AUGUUUGCAACAAUCCCAAGUGUCCUGUCCAAUAUUACAACUCAUUUUGGCACUCUAACUCUGUGCCUACCUGGUCACCCACCAUGCCUAUCAUUGACGAUUUCUGUGGCUCCUCCUCCCUCCAAAGUGAUGAUUGCGGAACUUGCCAGCUUAAAUUCCACGUGGAAAAUGGCCCCCUCCAUUGGAAAUAAAACCCAAAGGGAGAAUGCUGGCUGGAGACAUCCAAAGUGGAGUCUGUGGCCUGUUCCUUGGAGUGCCUCUGUUUCCAAGCCGGUGGACGUGCUCUUCUUGUUUCGCGGCUUGAACAGCUUGGUCAGAGAUCAGAGAUCAUGGUUAUCGCACGCAUUGUUGCUGGUGAUAAGACGGGCGGAGUAG